GACAGACCACAAGUCCCAUCCUGUUGUAUCUCUAAAGGAGGAAUAUGAAGUGAAGACGGCCCAGCUGGGGAAGAUGGAUGCUGAAGUUCCGCAGAUGAUCCAGGAGAGAAAAGAAAAGAUUAAAGAGAUCAAAGACACAGUGGAACUGAGCAACAAAGACGCAGAAACAGAGAUAGCCGAUGGUGGACAUGUGUUCACUGCUCUGAUAGGCUGCGUUGAAAAGUGCCGGGAUGAAUUCAACCAAACGGUGAAAGAGAAACUGAAAUCCACAGAGAAACAAGCUGAUGACCUCAUCAAACAGCUGGAGCAGGAAAUAGAAGAUCUAACCAAUAGAAGCUCAGAGGUGAAGCGGCUCUCACACACUGAAGACCACCUCCACUUCCUCCAGGCCUUCAGAUCCCUGAAGGAUCCUCCACCCACCAGGGACUGGACCACGGUGGAGGUCCUUCCUCCGUCAUACGUAGGGACCUUGAGGAGAUCCCUGGAUCAGCUGGAGGAGACACUGAACAUGGAGAUGAAGAAGCUGAGUGAUGCUGAACUGAAGAGGGUCCAGCAGUAUGAAGUAGAUGUGACUCUGGAUCCUGAUACAGCUUAUCCCAGGCUCACCCUCUCUGAGGAUGGGAAACAAGCAAAAAUUGGAAGUGCGGCGAAGGAACUCCCAGACAACCCUAAGAGAUUUACUGAAUAUACAUAUGUUCUUACGAGGCAGAGCUUCUCCUCAGGGAGAUUUUACUUUGAGGUCCAGGUUAAAGACAACAAUAACUGGUGUUUAGGAGUGGCCAGAGAGUCCAUCAACAGAAAAGGCAAGAUCACAGUGAAACCUGUGAAGUCUUACUGGAUUCUUUACUACAACUAUAAAGGGUUGUUUGUUAACCCUUCAGUCCGUCUCCCUCUGAGAGCUAAGCUCCAGAAGGUGGGGGUGUUUGUUGAUUAUGAUGAGGGUCUGGUCUCCUUCUAUGAUGUUAAAGCCAGGGUUCAUAUCUACUCUGCUACUGGCUGCAGCUUUACUGAGCCUCUCUAUCCAUUCCUCGGUGGCCACUCUGCCUCCCUGAUCAUCUCACCUGUCAAUCAAACAGACUAGGACCUUUGUUUGAUAAUCAAAUGAUCAGACGACUCAAACAACUAAUGUUGUUUCAUGAUUUAGAAUCUCUACUAUGUGAGAUCUGAGAGAACUGCAUUAAUGUCGUACUGUUGUCAUUUAACGAGGAUAAGUUCUUAAAGAAUCUAACCCCAGUUGUUGAAUGUAACCAAUUAUAAAGGGUUAGAUUACACUCUAUCUUCUGUUUUCCCCAGAUUUUUUUUAUAUGUUUAAGGCUAUUGUUAACAGUUGCAGUUAUGUAUAACAUUUUAAUGGGAUUAAUUGUAUAAAUAAAAACUGUAGUUUAUUAACUUUUC